AUGUAUAUUUACACACGCACAUACACAUACACAUUCACGCUUUCGCAGGACCGGCUUUUGGCAAGGCGGCUGGCUGGCACAUUGGAAAGAGGGGGCUUUAGCUGCACAGGAGAUCAUGAGGCAGACGAGAAUGAGCCUGGGCGAGUUUGCAUUCAGGAUACUGAAUGCCGAUGUGUCUUCUUUGUGGUGUCGCCAGGUGCGCCGGUCGAUGCGGCCGUGGUAGCGCAGCUGCGAGGUGCUGCGGGUGCGGGACGAAGCACCCGCUGUAUCUACGAAGCUGGGAACAGUGCAUGCCAGGACUUGUCUGAGUGGGGCUCAGCAAUGCCAACGUCCUUCCUGCGGCCAGCUGUGCCAAUUAGCCGCUAUUUUCCUCGAGUGUCGGAGAGGCUAGUGAUGGCUGCAGCCCAUGAAGAGCUGCUUCGAGCCCCACCUCGACAGGUCGAUGCAGAUGGCCAAGCAGACUGGGUCCGAGGAUUUCCGGCUGAUCCAGGAGGCCGCUUUGCAGCUCCGACUCGUGAGUUUCAGUCGCUGGUGGCUGGGGAUGAAGGUCAAGAUCAUGCAGAUUUCGCUCAGCUGGCCAAUCUCACUUGCACCCAGUGGCUCCAAGCCAGGGACUUGCAAUUGGUUUUCGGUGCUGAUGAGGGCGCCGAGGCGUUGAGGUGCAUUUUGGAGUCCUAUCCAGCGGUGUCUUCCGCUGUGAUGCUGCUGGGGGCGGCAUAUCGACCCAUCUACACGUCGUUCGUGCGAGGUGAUUUGCACUCGAGGCCGGUGUCGACUUCACCUUCACAUGCACCAACUACGCCCAUGAGCCACGGUCAAACACCUCAUGGCCACACGCCCCACUGUCAGACGCCGAAAAGUGCAGUCAGCGUCUCUGGGCCCUUCUCCUGCGCAGUGCCAUCUGAGAGUCAGCUCAUGCUGCUUGAGCAGGCUCUACAAAACCUUCCGGGUGGAUGCAAUGAGAGCACAGCCAUAGGCUUUUGCGUGAUGAAUGGGGUCGAAGGUCCGGGGAUGCCCGAGGUGCUCCUGGCAUCCCAUAUCGCCGUUUUGGAAGGUGUUUCGGUGAGCAUGGAGGAGCACCUCGAACAUGGUGAGAACUUCGUUGAAGUCGUGGUGGCCAUCAUCACGGGUCGCCUGGUGCCCUGCCGAGAGAACCAGCUGCAGGAGCUGGAUGCAGCAGUGGGUGAGCAGCUGGAGCCCGGUGGCGUUACGUUGUCCCAGCUGGUCGAUGCCGAUGCGGAAGGAUCAGGGAACCUCAUCAACAAGAUUUGCCUCUUUGUUCAAACGAAGGCCUUUCAGAGUGGUGACACUGCCAGAGCGUGGUGGACGCGCCACUGCCGCAGAGCGUUGGAGACGCAUCCCUUAUUGCAAGGACGAGCAUAUCGAAGAACGUUGCUGCAGAAUUGUGUCUCUACAGAUUCUUUGAGCAUCGCCUCCUUGCAACAACGAAGUUGGGCAGCAAAGGAUCUCAUCAACAACGAAUGUGCCAAUGCCUUGGCCGAAACUGCGUUUAAGGUGCGAGUGGUUUCAGAGGCACCAACGGAAAUGAAGCCAGAGAACACGGAGACUGACAACGUGGACUGGGGCGAGCAGGUGAAUCAGACGCGGCUGAAAGACCUACGGAAGCUGAUGCGCUGUCUCUUCCAGGCUUUCGAUGCGGACCUGGACAAGAACAACCAGGCAAGAUAUCACCAGUUCACUCGAUGCAAAUUUAUGCAUUUUCUGAGUUUGAUGGUGCAUUCAGACAUUUUUGCGAUCACCUUUGCGGUGCUGACGAUCUAUACGCUCUUUGCGCCAAACAUUUUGCUGGUGUUUGGUCUGAGUACAGAGCACACUGCACCAGUGGCCAUUUUAAAUACCGUGGUGCUGGGAUUCUUUGUGUUGGAAUGCAUUCUGAGCUGCAUCUUCAUGAAUGGCUAUUUGCGAUCUGGGCGUGUUUUCUUGGAUAUUAUGGCCAUGGUGAGCUUGGUCGGAGACACCUUGAUCCAGGCGCAUUUCUUCCCCAUGACUCCAAUUGCCCAACCAAGCAUGGAGACUUCUCAGCUGGACCCCAGCCGCCCGAGCCGGAUCCUGGAUAUCCUGAAAUUUGCGCGGCUCUUUCGCAUUGUGCAGCUGCUCAGAACUUUGCAUGGGAUUGUUUGGCGAAACUUCUUGCGGCCUCACCAUGGCUUAGCACAACAGCUAUACCACAAAAGGCUGUGGCGAGUGUUCCAGGACUUGUGUGAGGUGGGCGGCAGGAACCGGCUUACAACUUUCGAAACUGAUCUGUCCUGGCAGGGGAAGAAGACGCAGUUGAGCGCGGAGCAAAUGCGCUUCUUCUUUAUGGUGCCCAGCUCAGUUGGCAUGUCGAAGUCCAAAGUCUUCCGUUCCAAUGUCACCGCGUCCUCUGCCUUUGCCAACCGGCAGUAUGGCACUAUGAUGAGCUUGAAGCCUGCAGCCCUCACACGAUUGUCUACAUUCGCACCUUCCUGGGACCUGCAUCCCGAGACGAACUGUGAUGGCACCUUUGCAUCUCUGAUUGAUGAGUUUGCGGUGAGGCCAGAAGGCAAGCGAGCCUUGCAGAAGUGUCAAGAAGAUGUACAGCGGGUCAAGGCAUCCUUUUCCUUGGUGCAGAAGGUGAGUGGGCCUGUGGUUGUGAAGGUUUGUCUCAUUGUCCUCGGGGUCAUGGGCGUGGUGAUCCUCUUGGAUGCUUCUUGGGAGGACCGGUCGAAUGACAGUGCAUGA